UUAGGGUCAAUUUCGCAUCUCGUAUCUAGUGAUACACUGCAUGAGGCUUUGAUGCUUCUCAACGGCCGUCCGCGACAGCUAAGAUGAGAGAGAAUACAAGUAUUGUCUCCAGUAAGAUGUAGGCUAUAACGUAGUAUUAAUAUGAGCAAUUAGCGGAAGUGAGAAUAGGAUAUGAAGAAAAUAAUUAACAGUCAUGUGAUGUGUUAGUUUUCCCUUCACCCACAGAGUGGUGUGUUCUAACUAGAUCGUGUCUGCUGCUGAUACAUUUGCAUUCGUAGAAAACGGUAGUUUUUAAUACCUUUAAACAGGCCAAGGAAUAGCCGACUGUAUUUGAUAUUACUACUCUACAAUCUGAGACCCAGAUCAUUGCUGUAUAAGUAUUAAGCUGGAGCAAACUAAGUUUAGGUGAAAUGUCUGCUGGCAUCGAAUCGAUUUUACCCAGCUGGUCAGAAUCGGCUAUUGAAUGCAGAGGGGUUUGCAUGUCCUAUGGGAAGUUAAAUGUUCUCAGCAACCUUGCUCUGACUGUUCCACAGGGCCACAUUUACGGUUUACUGGGACCAAGUGGUUGUGGGAAAACAACACUCCUGAGAUGCAUUGUGGGAAGGCUGAGGAUUUCAAAGGGUCGCAUUACCGUACUGGGCAAACCCCCAGCAUUCCCAGGUCAUGGAGUUCCAGGAAGAAUGGUUGGAUACAUGCCACAGGACUUGGCUUUAUAUGAUGAGUUCACCAUCAGUGACACUUUUUGGUUCUUUGGCCGAAUUCAUGGACUCACAUCCAAGGAAACAGAGUCUCGCAUCUCCUUCCUCAUUGAGUUUCUGGAUCUCCCGGAGAAGUCCAAGCUGGUCAGAAACCUCAGUGGAGGACAGAGAAGGCGUGUCUCGCUGGGCGCUGCUCUCCUUCAGAACCCUCAGCUGCUUAUCCUGGAUGAACCCACUGUGGGCGUGGACCCAGUGCUUCGCUCCAGGAUAUGGCACCAUCUUUUGGAGAUAGUGAAAAACGGGCAGGUGUCCAUCAUUAUUACCACACAUUACAUUGAGGAGGCCAGACAAGCUAAUGUGGUUGGGUUAAUGCGCAACGGUAACCUGCUUGCAGAAGCCCCACCAGAAAAGUUAAUGCAGCAGCAUGGAUCUUUAACGCUAGAGAGUGCCUUCCUGGAGCUGUGCCAAUCCUCAGAUCAAUCGGCUUCACAACUGCACUUGAAUGCAGAAGGGGCGGAGAAGGAAUUGCACCAGCACUCUGAAGACUGUGAUGAAUCAUUCCUUAUACUUUCAGGAAGCAUAAAUCAGGAGGUGAUGGAGGAACCUAAACUUAGAGUGGACUGGAACGUGUGGGGAAAACAUAUUUUUCCCAAGUGGAGAAAUAUUGCUGCUCUCAUGAUAAAGACAUUUGUCCGGAUGAAGAGAAUGCCAGGGUCUCUUUGCUUCCAGUUCUUGCUGCCGGUGAUUCAGAUUUCUCUGAUGUGUCUGUGUAUCGGAGGAGAGCCAAAGGAAAUACAGGUGGCUGUAGUGAAUAAUGAAACAGACGGUCUUUUCUUCAGCCAGUCACUUCUGUGGCACCUAGACAACAGUAGUGUUCACCAGGUAUUUGUAAACCAGUCAAAAGCCAUUGCUGGAGUAGAAGAUGGGCAGUACUGGGGGAUAAUAGGAUUUGGUGCAAAUUUCUCCAAGUAUUUACUGCUCAGAAUCAUGGAGAAGCAAGUUACCGAACAGAUUGUUGAUGGAGGUUCUGUGCAUGUUUGGCUCGACAUGACAAAUCAGCAAAUUGCCUUUACACUCCAGCUUAAGCUACAAGAAGCAUUUGAGGGUUUCGUCAAGGAUGUGCUUGGCAUACAGUCCUACUUGGCCUCCCUCCCUGUAAAAUUUGAAGUUCCUAUAUAUGGAAGCAAAAAUCCAGAUUUCACUACCUUCAUUGCACCAGGUGCAAUUGUGAGUAUCACAUUCUUCUUGGCUGUUGGCUUGACGGCCUUGUCCUUUGUAAUGGAACGUAAACAAGGGCUGUUGGACAGGUGCUGGGUGGCAGGUGUCAGUUCCCUGGAAACUAUGCUGGCUCACCUGUUUUCUCAACUCUUCACCAUGGCUGUGCAGAUAACACUACUCCUAAUCUUCGUCUUCCUCGUCUUCAAGAUCCCCAAUGAAGGGUCCCUGGUGCUUAUAGUGAUCCUCAUCUUUCUCCAAGGUGUAACUGGCAUUUCAAUGGGGCUGGUGCUCUCCUCAGCCAUCGAUGAUGAACAGUCUGCAAACCAGGCUUCCCUUGGCAUCUUCUUUCCAAACCUCAUUAUCAGCGGUAUUAUCUGGCCCAUAGAAUGCAUACCUUACCCUCUGAGAUACUUGAGCAUGGCUUUACCCCAGACCUACGCUGCAGAGGCUCUGCGCUGCAUCAUGUCCAGAGGUUGGGGUUUAACACAUGUGAUGGUUUGGAGAGGCUUUGCUGUCACGUUGGCUUGGAACACCUUCUUCCUCAUUCUAGCUACAGUUAUACUGAAGAUAAGAAGAUGAUCAGUACAGCAAAUACUGGAGUUAAGAACUCAAUAAGCUAGCUGAUUAUGAGCUUGGUAGUUGCUAGCACAAUCAAUUGAAAUUUUAUUAGAAGAGGAGGAACAUCUCUACCCAAAGAUACAAAUUUACUUAAAGCAGCUCUCUCUGAUAUACUUUUUCGGGAGAUUCUUUGCAGUUUUAUAGAGACGAUAAUCUGAUCUCAGUAUGGGUUUACGUCUUUGAUUUGUGAGUGAGUUGAGUAUGUUUGUGCUGUCCCUGUUUUGUACCAUUGAUUUUCUUGCCCCCAGAUACUAUACCACAGCAGCACUGAGUGAAAAAGUUGUGGCAUGACAAGGCUUGACACUCAUUGGGACGCUCCUGUCCCUACUGAUAGAACCAUUUUAUUAUUAUUUUCUUAGAAGGAGCUGAUUAAUAAAUAUACCAUAUCUGAGUUUUCAACCCUGAUUAGGGGUACAAACUGGAAGUAAUGCACAAUUGGAAUUCAAAUCUUUUUUAUUUGGGUAAUAACAGCCUUAGUUUCUAAGAUACACAAUAAAGCUAAAAUAAGUCAAGUAGACAAUACAGGGCAGCAGUGUGGAGUAGUGGUUAGGGCUCUGGACUCUUGACCGGAGGGUUGUGGGUUCAAUCCCCAGUGGAGGACACUGCUGUUGUACCCUUGAGCAAGGUACUUUACCUAGAUUGCUCCAGUAAAAACCCAACUGUAUAAAUGGGUAAUUGUAUGUAAAAAUAAUGUGAUAUCUGUAUAAUGUGAAAUAAUGUAUAAUGUGAUAUCUUGUAACAAUUGUAAGUCACCCUGGAUAAGGGCGUCUGCUAAGAAAUAAAUAAUAAUAAUAAUAAUAAUAAUAAUAAUACAUUUUUCAUUAGUGUUUCAUUCAAUGUUUAAAGUUAAUGAUAACCUAAAGAGACCCAAAGCAUCAAGGCUCCAGUGUGGAACUACAUUAAAAUGGAGAAAAGCCUUGGUGAUAGCUGAAUAUUUUUAUCAUUCUGAGUCACACACAGCAGCCAUGGUAUUACAUUGCAUUAACUGGGUAAUUACAAAUAGUCCUUGUAUUUUCAUAGUAAUUACUGAAUAAUGGAUAUGGCGUUGUGAACAUCACCCUAUGACCUGAUGUAAUUACACUACUUACUUAUUCCACCAGCAAUUGCCAUGUCAGAGGAGAAGCCAUUGGUAGUUACACAAGUUAUUACUAAAGUAAUACAUGGUUUUAUUAUUGUUAUGUAUACCUCUUAAGAACCACUCAUCCACUUGUGAUUACAUUUGGCGUUAUUCCUUAACAUAAGGAGAUGCUGUUCUACAUUCUCUUGUAUAAGUCAUUGUAGUGAAGAUGGCAUUGUGUUGUUUAUAUCCUUGGCAUGGAUAUGUAUUUAAUUGGCUUUUCCUUUUUUUUUUUUUUUUUUUUUUUACUAUUUUUAUAAGCACAUUUACUCAACCCAUCUUCCAAAGAACAUAAUUAUCUCUACCUUACAGUAAUGAUGUUAACACCAUUGCAUUACGGUAAACCAUGGUAAAUUCAUGGGUAUGAACAAAUAAAUGAUUGCUAAUUAGAAUACGCAGAAUGCAUAGAGGCCUGUCUAGAAAUGUAAUAAUGCAAAACAAAAAUAAAAAUAAAAACUUGA